AUGGCGACGAACAUUGGGAUGAUGGAUUCUGCAUAUUUCGUAGGGAGAUCGGAGAUUCUCGCGUGGAUUAACUCCACUCUCCAACUAAAUCUCUCCAAAGUCGAAGAGGCUUGUUCAGGAGCUGUUCAUUGUCAGCUCAUGGAUUCGGUUCAUCCUGGAAGUGUUCCGAUGCACAAGGUUAAUUUUGAUGCGAAGAGUGAGUACGAGAUGAUUCAGAACUAUAAGGUGCUUCAGGAUGUGUUUAACAAACUCAAGAUCACUAAGCACAUUGAAGUGAGCAAACUCGUUAAGGGUAGACCGCUGGAUAACUUGGAGUUCAUGCAAUGGAUGAAGAAGUACUGUGAUUCUGUGCAUGGAGGCCAGCAUCAGAAUUACCAUGCACUGGAGAGGAGAGAAGCCAGCAAAGGAGGAAAAGAAGCAACCAAGAGAGCUGCAGCUUCACAACAAUCAGGCAAGACCUCUUCUUCUUCAGCUGCACCUAGACCUUCUUCUUCGAAUGGAAACCGUAAACACGAACCACAACAAUCCUCCAACACUGGGAAUCACCACUCUUCAAAAGCCUCAGCUAAACAAACUAAACCAGUGCCUGCUUAUGAUGAAAAGAUCACAGAACUGAAACUCUACAUAGACAGCUUGGAGAAAGAGAGAGACUUCUAUUUCUCUAAACUAAGAGAUGUAGAAAUCCUCUGUCAAAACCCAGACACUGAACACUUACCUCUUGUUGGUUCGAUAAAAAGAAUCUUAUACGCAGCAGAUGGAGAAGACGUAGGAGGAGCAAUAGCAGCAGAAGAAACAACACAGAUCUUAAGCCCCAUAGCCGAAGGAUCAGAAGAGAGAAGAAACAGUGUGAUAGAGUCUCAAAAGAGAAAACUCAUAGUGAAUCUCGACGUCGAUGCUGCAGCGAUCACAACGCUCUCUCCGAGACAACGCCUUUCGGAUUCUUCUGAUGUCAAAUGCAGUGGAUCAUCUCCUCUUUUGACAUGCUGA